AUGAUAUAAAGGCUAGUGAGAAGAGGUCGAAGGUGCAUUUACGACUGCAACAAUUACUCGACAUUUGUAUCCAACCACUCAUCGGCCUCAAUUACAUUGUGGAGUUCCAGCGUCGGGGCCUCCUCGACUGUCUGUAUGCCUGCGAUCUCUGCAAUUUGGCUUUCCUGCCUUCCAACAUCAUUAAACACGUGUGCAGUCUGAAACACCGCAUGGCCUACCUGAAGCAGCACUAUCCUCCACUCUACUACAUGUUGGCAAAAGAUAAAGGAAAUAAGGCAUUUAAAACGAAACGCCUUGUGGCCUACGCUCAGAAAAUUGAGGACUUUGAGGGCAGAAAGCGUCUCAGCGUUAUGCGGGAGAAAGAAAAUUCCUCUUUGAGAAGCUCUGAAGGUUCUGCUGCGCCGAUGGAGCGAAGAACGCGAACCCUCAAGGAGCAUCGUCCACAUGACAAUUCAGAGUCUGCCACAAUCGCUCGAGUUGAGACAGCUCAAGUGAGACCCGCGAAGAUUAAACAGGAAAAGUGCAAAAGUGUGAAAAAAGAGGACGACGAGAUAGAGGAGGGUGAAAUGACAGAUGAGUCCUCUUCGUCAUCUUCUGAGGACGAGGAAGAAGAGGCAGCUUCUAUAGGCAAAGAUGCGAGAAUGGACGCGAUCGCUGUCGACACCUGUGACAGGGAGGUGCCUCUCUUUGGCUCUGUAGCAUCUCCCGCCUCGGUUUCUUCUUCCUCCUUCUCCGUGUGUACCUCAGACGAGGAGAACGAACCACCCGAACCCGUGGACUCGUGUGCGAUCAGCAGCGAUCGUGUACACGGGGACUAUGCACACCAAGCACACUUACGUUCCACCGGGCCCCAUAUUCAUUUGCCUGACUUUGAGCCGCUGUUUGUCAGUGAACGUCCUCUAGUCCCAAUCUUCGUCUCGAAAGACGAUGAUUUUAACUUUUUACUGCAGAAACUCUCAUCCGCCGGUCUGAUACGUCUAGUGCCAAACACCAAGGACUGUGCAACCACUGACGAAGUAAAAACUUCCAAACAGCCGGAGGAUGUUCUGCCAGACGACUCAGCUGUCGCCAAGAGCUUCGAAGAUGAAGUGCCUGCACUGCCCCUCCACUCUUAUCAUCCCUAUGGGGACGUGGAUUUCCGUCAGUACUGUGAGCCCGUCCUAACCCCCGUUCCUGUGCAGCCCAUACCUGUCGUCGCUUCCCCGCCAAUUCGACUGCGUUUGCCGCCUCCUCCUCCCCUGAAGUUUGGCAAUUCAAUCCCCGUCAUUACAUCAAGGGUGAGACCGGGUAUGACUGUGCUGCUCGAACGUCUCCCGGAGCCUCCGCAACCACCAAAACCUAAUAAUUCCGUUGUUUCUGUCGCCAAGAGACAGCAGGGUGUUUUGGGUGAUCCGCCGUUACGGAAACUGCAGGAGGCACAAUCCCCACAACCACCAUCGACGCCAGCCAUUCAACAGCUGAUGUCCUCUCCCUUAGAAGCGUUGCAACGACUUCUUAAAGGUGGCUACAACCCUCUUCCGAGCAAUCCCUCUGAAACCACCGAGCCUAACUCCUCCAAACGGCCCUCAGCCAACCUGCAUCCGUUGAGCGCUGCUCCCCCUCCGAGACUAGAAGAUGGGGAGGAAGAAGAACCGAAGAAGAACUGCCUUCUCUCACAUCCACCGCCGCCACCGCCUUCAGAAUUUUUCGAUGGUUACUCAUUUUUUAGCCAGCGAUCAGAAAGGCGGAAACGCCGACAGGAGUCCUUCACUUCGUCCAACGCAGUCGGCACUUCUCGCUCCUCCACGCCUCCUCCAUCCUCGAUCCAACCCAAGAAAAGGCUGGCUGCUAUCGCGGAUAUGUUGGGUCUCAAUGAGCCCCCGGCACCUAAGGAGCACCCAACUGCUCACACUCCUACUGUUACCUCGGUGCCGCCAUUCUGGGGAGUGCAUCUAGGUGCAUCAGUAGCUGGCGCUACUGCUGCAGUUGGUUCGCAACCUCCUGUGGCCCCUGGCUUGAAUUCGGCUAAUUUGUGGUCUCUCCUCUAUCCCGGC